UCUUUUUACUCUCUUACUCGGACGUGCUAAAGAAGACUAGGCCCGAUCUUGCUAUGUUCAGAUGCGACUUUCCUCAUGGUCGCAACUGCUUUUUAUAACGACAACUCAUCCUCGUAUCUCCCCAUGGCGAAGCUAUCCUAAAACCUGCAGCUCCAUUCGCUGUUUUACAGCACCCAUCCCUCGAUGUUUUCGAAGGAAGAGGCUACGCGACAGCCUGGAAAGAAAAGAAAAUCCACUGAGAAGACGGAAACCACGAAGACGCAAAGGCCAGCUGAGCAAGACGUCAUCGAAGCAAAGUCUCUUCCAGAGAAAAAGCAGCGAACUCUAAAGGGAUUGUUCUCUGAAACUGCCGAAAUAGGGAGCUCCGUGCAGAAUGCCCUAAGUUACUCACGACCUGCUGGUUCCUCCGUCGGCUCACCUUUCCGCUCUAAACUCACUCUAUCCACCGGCGUCUCCUCGACUAGCGCAUCUCACAGUCGUACAGCCGACACCCGUAAAGCCCUCCCGACAAACAAGACCCGUAAUGUUGUGGUGAGCAUAACGGAAAAGGGGUCUAUCAUACUCGACCUCGGGUCCGAAUCCUCCUCUGACGAAGAUGGCGACCCUCGUGCUAGAUCCGGUGAUGACAAGAAAGACACGAGGGUUUCCGAAUCGAAAGGGUCAACCAUAUUCGACCUCGGGUCUGGAUCCUCCUCUGACGAAGAUGACGGCCUUCAUGCUAGUUCCGGUCAUGACAAGAACAAGGCGGCGAUUCGCGAAUCAAGAGUGUACGGCAAGCGCUGGCGUCGCCUCCAGCUCGGGGACUUCGACCUUGAACCCGACUAUGCUGCUCAUCUCGCGGCUAAAGCUAUCGUUCGGGAUCGCCUUCGAGCCUCGUUGGAAUCUCUCAUAACCCUUGCUAAAAGUGGAAGACCGCACAUUAUGUGUGUGCCGGACAAUCGCGUCUUUUUGUGCUGUGUCGACGUGGAAGUAUGCCUAGAUCUAUGGCUGAAUGGCAUGACCCCGAAAACUUAGUCUAUCCUCGCAAAGCCUAUCCUACGAGCUCGAGACGUCCUCGAAAUCCCUCAACAACCACACGUGAAAUAUAUGGGACCAGGAGCAUACGUGAGCGCCGUCAACUUCGGGACCGAUAGGUCGUUCAUUUACCGGGGA